CUAUUUGGUAGCAUAACAAGCUGGACAAUUUGCACGGGCAUUUUUUUUCCACCUCCCUUUUGGAACUUGCUUCAUCCAGUUCACACUGCUUCAAAGCCUUAGGCAACUCUCAGACUCAGAGAAGAAAUCAGUCCUAUUGGAAAUACAUAGAUGAACUGGGAUGCCAAAAUGACAAAGUUGCAGAUGUUGCUGUGUUUGUCUGGCAUCAGAAAUCACUCUGUCCCAUCCUCUCAUGACUGGCAUCACCUUCAGGACUGAAUGUCCCUCACUCUUUGCAUGGCAACUGUGUCUGUGACAGAGCGGGAGAGCUCCAAAGGAUGAACUCCCUGGUCAGCACCUCACACCUCCAGCUUGCUGCCUUUGUUCUGGGCACAGUAGGAUGGAUCCUGUGCACCAUUUCCAUGGGAAUUGUAGAUUGGAGAGUGUGGCAUGUGAACAACACCACUAUCAUCUCCUCUGGCAUUGCCUGGGUGGGCAUUUGGAAAGUCUGCUUCAUAAGUUACCUUCAUGUCUCACCUGGCUAUAAAGAACAAUUUUGCCAUAAAUUCAGUGGCUAUGACUCCUUCAUCCCCCAUGAAAUUUAUGCUGCUCAGGGUCUCAUGUUGAUUGCCAUGUUCACAGGCUUGCUGGGACUGGCUGCUACAAUAUUUGCCCUGAGAAAUGUGUAUAUGGGAAUCACUCACAAAACUCUCAUUGCCCCGUUCUUCCUGGUGGGUGGCUUCUUCUACAUAUUUGCUGGUCUGUGUAUCCUGAUUCCUGUGAGCUGGAAUUUCUACUCUGUAACUCACAACCAGAGUAUAGCUUUUCCUCCUUCUUACUACAUGCCCUCCAGUCCAGAAGCACAGGAAGCUGGUGCUGCCAUUUCUGUUGGGAUUGUGGCUGUCAUCCUCCUGCUGCUAAGUGGGACAUUUUCUCUCUCAUACAGAUUUCCCAUGACUGCAAACACUAUCACAAAAUCCUGACAGGACAAAUCCCCCCAUGCUAUUUCAGAGCAAGAGCAUAGUCAAGAGAUAACGACAGCAGUGUAAGUGGUUGUAAAGUUAAGGAACUGCAGAAUUUAAUUUUAUUCUGUAGUAGCCACACUAUUUUCUUAUAUGAACCAGUUGAGUCACCAUCUUUGUACUCACCUAUUACCAGAGGUUUGUCUUUGAGAUAACUGCUGUUGAGCAGCAAAUAUGAUUAAAUUUUGCCAGUUGUCCUCUUUUGUAUAUACAAACAUUAUUGAUUAAUUUAUUUUUUUUUUGGUGUAAAAUAUUUAUCAUGCUCAAAGAGCUGACUUUGAAAGAACUGUCCUGUAAGAAAAAUGUGAAGUAAUAUGUAUUAAAUGUGAGUUUCUUUC